UGGGCUAGGGGCGGGACACAUGGGGGUGCAAGAGGAUGGGGGGCUGGGGAAGCGUCUGGGAACAACUGCCCUAGGAAACUUGGUUUAAGGUUUGGCACAAAAGGAGCUUGUCAUUCCAGUCCUCUUGCCCACGCAGGGAACGAUGCCUCUGGAAGUGGUGGUGGAGCUGCAGAUCCGGGCGGGAUCGAACUCAGGACCUUGCUGUUAUGAGGCAGGCGGUAAAUUUCCCCAUUUGUGACAACAGAUCUUCAGGGAAUAAACUGGUUUCUUGCCCUGGAGUGUUCCUGCCCCACAAGCAAGAUGUGUGCCUCGGGGUCUACCUCCUGAAUCAAUACCUAGAGACCAACUGCUUUCCCUCUGUGUUCCCUGUUGUGAUUCACCAGACCAUGAGAUUUGAAAAGGUAUUUGAAAAUGCAGUAGAUCCUGGAGCUGUAUCAGACCUUUUGGAAAGCUUCCUAACCAGGUUUGAAUUAAUACAGCUAGUACCUCCAGCUUGGGAAGAGUUGGCCUAUUAUGAAGAAAACACACAAGAUUUUCUUUUCCCUGAGCCCAAGCUGACACCUUCAUACCCUGGAACACAUAGGGAGCUGCUCAUGAAGACUACCAGAGGUUUUCCAGGCAUUGCUCCCAAGUUAGAGUUUUCUACAAGGACAGCCAUCCGAGAAUGUGUGUUUCUACAUAGAAACAGAUUUCUUGAAGAAAGAUAUAAGUCACGAAGGCCUUUUUCAGCCUCAUAUGGACCAAUAUUCCCCUUAAAUAAUACGAAGAUGAAGCUGAAGGAUAAUAAUCUUGACAGACUCCCCAAAGGCACGCAGUCCCAGGCACCCUCUCCAUAUUCCACCAGACAUUCCUACCUGGACCAGCCAGCUGAAUUGAACCUUGGAAAUAACUUCAAAUUCUCUGGAGAAAGGAGGCCUCCAUUUGUAGUUAGACAUGUGGACAGUGCAAAGCCCUUUGGUGAGAAUAUAUCAGAGCCUCAUCCACAGAAGUCUAGAAGAAAAUCUAAAUUUUCAAACUUUCCAUUUCCAAUGAAAAGAGCUUCUUCUCUUGACAGUCCUGCAGCAAACGUAAAGGUUAUCAGAGAACCAGAUGAACGGAUUAUUUUAAGGAACGAGUCACCAUCACCUUUAGAUUCGAGUAAUUUUGGAAAGUCCUCAUCCUAUAACCAAGGGGAUGCUGAUUUCCACUGGGAAACUUCAUUUGCCAGCUGCCAACAUUCCAGAUCUCCCAGCUCUCUGGAUCAGCUUCCACUUGGAGAAAGGUGCCAUCCUAGUUCUCAGGCCUCAUGGAAGAAGAUCCAUGAAAGGGUAUGCAGUCUUCUGAUGUCCCACAGAGUCCAGCAGCACCCAAAGGAAGACUCUAACUCUGAAGUAACUUAUGUCCUUGAAAGAGCAAACUACCCGCUGAAGAAAUGCCCACACCAUGAAGAGAGAUAUUUUUAACUGCUGUCUUAUGGAAAAAUAAAUGAAAGCUGGAGGAGGAUCAUCAAAAGCUCACUCAUGGAGACAACUACAUAUCCUUGGAUAAAUGAACAGCAAUCCUUUAUUGUCUGUAUUGAGUUACCAGUUGUCUAACCCCUUUUAAAUCAAACCCUGUACUGUUGUUUGUGCCCAGGUAAGAGUUGUUGAUUAAAGCGUUGCUGUUUGGGGCUCACA